GCUACCACAGUUACCAUGGUAGAAUUUUCGAAGUGAAUCCCGGAACCUUGGCCUUCUCCGUCACGCUGUUCUGCUCGGAAGCGUUGGUUGCCAUCUUGGUGCUGGUCCUACGAAGAAACCCCAAGAUCGGUGGCGAACUCGGCGGCCCGAAGAAUAUGAAAAUCCUCACCUCCAUUUUCUUCUUCUCACUGUGGAUCGUGUACCUGCUGAUCAGCAGUUUGGAGGCCUACGGCAUCAUCAAGGGUUUCUAAGCGGCGAAUGCAGAAAAUGCAGCCGGCAUCGGCAGGGAACAGGAAUUCGCACCGUCCUAGCAGUACCAGCGAUCUCUAUUGGUCCACUGCGUUCCAUGUUCCGUGGAGCAUUUCACGACUCACUGCUCACCUACCAUCACUAGGUCUAAGUGGAGGUCGCCAUAGCAAAAAUAAGCCACAUGAAAAAGCUUGCGACAAAAGACAACACGCGACACUUUCGCGCAACGCAUAUUGAAAUAGCAGUCAAACUUGCUGUUGGGUUUAUCGUGGAUAAAUUUCAAAUCAAAACCAAGACCACUAGCCGUAAACCGGGCCAUUAAAAAUGUUUAUAGCAACUGUAAAAAAGUGCACCUGACAAACAACCAGACGGGUUGCGACCGUCUCAACGAAAAACACACCGCUUGACUAGCGAUCUCAACCGGAUGCAUUGAGCUGCUAGGGUUUAUUUUGAGAGAUAACACCAACGGACACUCGUAACGGAUGAUCACCAGCUACCAACGGUUUUGCGUUUUGUGCAAGCGCGAUGUGCUUUUAUCGUUUAUUUCCUGUUUAUUUUAUCUGUUUAUUUUAAGAUUGACUAGUAAAUCAGUAAGACAUACGGUAGCGAGUUGAGGAGUAAAUAGGAAACAAAUCGCAGCGUCGAGUGCAGCAUGUCGAAUGAAAUUCAAACUAAAGUCCCACCAGAUGGGGCUACGUAGCCGUGCGACAUCAAACACGCACGCAAAUCAAACAUGCCGCAAAACUGAUAUGCCAAAUUUGUCUAAAUUAGUUGUAAAAAGUAUAACAAGUUCGCUCGGGCCGAAGAAAGUGGAAGGCGGCAUCGAAUCGAAACAGUCUCGUUCCGCCAAGCGAAUGCGAACAGCACGAUUGAGGAGGACACUUCGUCGCUUCGGCUUCGUCGAAUCGGACAGAGAGUUACCACGUUGCCCGUUUAGGGUUCUCUCGUCACGCGACCACUCGGACUUAGCGUAAGUGACCGAUUAGGUGAUAUUGUGUUUAUACUUAUACAGAUAUAUGUUUAAAUGAAAGUAUAACGGAAGAAAUUUAGUAAGCGUCAGUGAAUUCUUAAAUUGGUAAUCCAUGAUGUGACAAGACGGAACCGUAAUGUACGCACCUCUGAGCAAGUCCCGUGUGCACACCGUGCGCGGCACAAAGACACGGAGACCAUGAGAUUUCUUAUGUUGGCACUAGUUACUAGUUAGCUAGAUUACUUACGCCCGAGGUCGAGAAUAUUCUAGUCAGCAAAUUCGAAGCGUACAAUAGCAGCCCAGCGAUAGAAUGUGAAAUUUAUUGGUAGCGCCGUCAGUUUUAUCUUCUCGUGUCUCUUAAAGCUGCUGCAAAACGCGAGCAACAUGGACAAAGUUAAACGUAAGUUAGGACAAAACAACCAAUCAACCAAAGAUUGUCUAAGCAUCAUGCUCAAAAUGGGGGCUCGCUACUGGAUAUGGUUUACUAUCCCCGUUAUCUUCAGCCGAUGUGGACAAUUACUUUGUUUACGUUCGCCAAUCGCGUGUUAUGGGUUAUGGUGUGAGCAGCAGUUACAUCUAAUGUACAUACAGAUGCUACUAGCGCUACCAGUGGUUAGCCUGCCUUUACUUUGGUCAUGUACUCCAUAUCAAUCAGCAUAGUUUUCAAACAUCAGUGUUCUUUUUGUGUUGUUUCGUUCAUUCACUGUUUUCCAAUUCUUUUGGGAUCGAUAUCCACAGGAACGUACUGUCGCGUGACAAUCCAUCUCUAGUGAACCAGUGUUCGAUACCUUGCGAAAUCUCGCAAGGCCAGAAAAGCAAUGUAGCGUAGAGUAGUAGACAAAUGGUUGCUUGAAAUGCUUCAAGGGAAAGCUCGACCAACGCAAGUAACAAACACGCGUGCUUACAUGCAACGGAAACAUAUCGCUCAAGAAGCUCGCCCACUCACGCCCGGUUGCUGGACUACUUCUAGGUGCAAUACAAUCCUUCUGUUUCGAGCACUGCAAGCGAUGAACAUCGAGGGUCCAAUGGAAACCACCGUACGGUUUUCUUAUUUAUCAUUAUUCAACGCCGAAAUCGAAUCAAACCUUUCGACGAUAGGUCUGUGGCUUUACAUUUGACUAGUCACCCAAGGGAAGCGUUUGGAACGGUAGCUUAAGCAUUAGUUGUAUUUCUUGGAUUGGUUUCUUUCGUGUCCUUUAGUUAGCUAAAGCAUACUCUGCUCUUUUCAAUGGCGUGUGACAUUAAAAGUACGUAGUUUUCAGUUGUAGGCCAAAGGCAUCGGGAAAGGCAAUUGGUUCUGUUCAAAACAGCCUUCUCGUAGGAAAGAAAAUGCUUAGCAAAAAUAUUGCUAAGUAACUUAAAAAGACGCGACAGCGAUUUGUUAAAUAUACUUUUAAUACUCACCGAAUGUUACUAACAGAGUCUAAAUUGUAGCGAUACCUACCAAACAAACAAAAAUCAAUAGCUAACCUAACAAUCACCUCCCGAGAGAGAGAGAGAGAGACCUCGUAACACAUUAUUUGAAUUUGGAAAUAGGCCUAUAAUCUGUCUCGGUGAAGUGACAACGAAAGGAACGUUCAAAACUGCAAUCAGAAAGUUUUAUCUUGGGCAAGAUUUGCUUGGUCGAUUUCGGAACGAAAGCGCUUCUUAGUGGCACGCAGUUUCAAACGCAAACUACCAUACCUACUCCGCCAACCAAUCUCUAAUGUUCUAAUACUUUCCAAACGUUGCUUUGAGUGCACGAUUCCGAGACAGGGUGCGGAUAAACAGUUAUCCAGCAAUAGUUUCUGGAGUACAGAAAAUCCACAGUGGAAUAGAAACUGUUAAUAAAACCCAUUUCUUCCAUUUGUACAUCGCCUACCGUACAUCGCAUAGACUUUAACUCAUAAGUUUCGUUAUAGGAUACUUAAAAUGUAAGCAGCGAAACAAAACCGACAAAACAAAGGUUUACAGCGCAUUGAAUGUUGAUUUCUUACCUUAAAACCGAUGCUACAAGAUGUGUCGAAACGAGUGUGUGAACAAUUCUCUCAGCCGUGGUGCCGAAGUUCGAACGUUUUAGUCAUCGCUCAAAGAACAGUCAACAAAAGAGAGAGGCCAUCGGCUCAUCGGUGUAGUAGGCUUCCGAGUCCUGCGGCUCGGGUGUAAUGUGACCCCCUCUCCCGAGCCCUGAUAUUAAUCCUUCUUCCUGAUGCAUUUGGUGCAAUUGUUAGUGUUGGUGUUGCAGUUGUCGAUUUAUCACUCACGCUGUUAUAUCGCAUGUUGAAUGAAUUCGUUUACCGGUAACGCCAUACGAGAGCGCGUUAUCCAUUGUAUGAGUUAACCCGAGCCUAGGGAUAUCAGAAAAUAGUGAAGGCGAAAGAAAGAAAACCCAGCAAAAGACGAUUGAUAAAAGUAAGGUUAAAAGUAGAAACAAAAAAAUAGAUUGAUACGUAUUGCAGCAUAAAGCUAGAAUCGACAGCACGAUGUAACAGUGGAUGCGAAAAGCUAACGAAUAAAGGUAAAUGAGUUUUGAUAAAGGCAAACGAAGGUAGCUAUAUGUGUACAAUACGGACAAUUCGAAGACGGACAGCAGCUUACUAGCGAUCGCAGGUUAUCGCCAUUACCGCCGCAGCCAAAGGACACCGUUUUGGCGGGACCCAACAGAUUCAGAACCCAUCGGCGGUGCUCUCCUUAGCGAUGUUCCCAUUUAACGGGGGUAGGAAUGAACCUAGCGUGCCGAAAUGGCAAACAUCCAUGGUUUUGGCCGAACCGAAGCCGAUCCUUCGAGAAGCCACAAUAUUAUGCAACUGAUUGUCGUCCAUCGAUGUCAAGUGUUGUCCAUUGUAGCUCACAGCAGGAUGUGUGUGUGUAUGUGUGAAACAUGUGUGUGUGUGUGAAAACCCGAAUCCAAAACAUAGUUGUUACUACAUUAUAUAGGCUCACGUACACCAACGAGAAGCGAACUCCAUUCUCAUCUAACCCGCGUAUUCUACUUCGCCCUUCCAAAUUACGGCUUGAAUUAACCAACCACAUAGUUAAACAUUUCACAAGUACACAUCAUUCAAAAGCGACUUGUGUCGAAGAAACGAGGAUAACAGAAUAGGUAUUUUUAUGAACUCACCACACAAGUCACGUGUCGCAAUACCGGGCAAUGAUCGUUGUUAGACCAGUGUCUCCAGCAGUGGCGACACAAAUUUAUACAUAAAAAUUAAUAUAUAUUAUAUGAUAUAUAUAUAUAUUUAUAGGAGAAAAAGUAAUACAAUUCCCCAAAAAACCGGAGACACGAGAAGCGAUAUAUCUUCCAAUCUACUACUUGGUGUGAAAAUUCUACUCUAGAAAAUUACUAAUGGAAGGCGCAACCAAGCAAUGUAACAGCAUGCCGCCACCUAAGGCAAUCCAACGAUCAAAAUCGAAACGAACUACUCCUGUACUCCUUCUUACAACUUUGUACUUGACUGCAUUGUUUACCCUAUACCUUUCUAUACCUUUCGAUCUACUCUUACACUUUCGUCCAGUUAUUUUAGGCUAAUUGACAAUGUGAAAUUUAAAAAGGAAAAAUUAUACAAAAACCAACACCGGUACACGCAACGCAGACCACGAACCCGGCAGGUUUCAAGAGGGUCGUGUUGAGGGACCCCCAAAUGAAAGCAUUAACCUAAAAAACUGCAUAGAAAAUCUUUAUCCACUAUACUAACGCACCAAAUACUAUUACUGCUACUAGAGCAAACUACUACCGCUACUAGCUAUUCCUACGAUGUCAUACACCUCUCCCUUUUUCGGCCGAAUUCUCUUUGUGUAGUGCUAGUGCCAUGUAAAGCAAACAAGUAACAAACCAACCAAACACACCUUUAAACGAUGUAAACCAGGGUGGAUCAUACACGAAGUUGGGAAAGAAUAUGAAUACCGCCAGACAGGCGAGAUGCCCGUGUUGUAGCAAACUACUGUAACCAUCGCAAACUUACCCCAUUCAAUGGCGGACGGGCUGAAGCAUAAUCACCCACUGCACAACCCUAUCAGAGGUCACCUGUUCACUUCCGGAAGCGACUGGCAACCGGCGUUACCUCGCCUGCAGAUCACCAAACGAGUGGAGAGGGCCGCUAGGAAAUGACUUCGAAACAUAUCUCGGUCUUCGAGAUUGGAAUCCGAUCGAAAAUGUGGCAAACUCCGGAUCUGCCAGUCGCUUCCGGCGAAUUGCGGUGAGAGAAGGUGCCAACCAAGACGUUCGCAAUAAAUAACCCAGCGCAUCAUAGUUUCACUCAGUUCGGGCUAUCUGUUUUGAAAUCCGGAAUAGGUACUGUGAAAUAGUAAAUGUACAGUAAUGGGAGCGUGGGAACAGAGCGAGGCGACGGGGGCAACGCAUCGGGGCAGAUGUCGCGAAAGUUUUGCGAGGCGGAUUUUGCCGAUAAACAAAGCUAAGUAAGCCGAAUGUCCAUAAGUUUAGAAUUUGUUGAAACCUUCCGUUGUUACUAUAGAAACGGAUGCGAGGGAUAGGAGGGCGCGCAUGUUAGGAAGCGAGUGAUGAUUGCGAUAGAACAAAAUACGACAAAGUAAGCUGCAAAAGAUGAUAAUUCGUGUGCCCCGCAACCGAGCGUGAGACACCAGUUCGAAGGCUAC